AUUAUAGGUAGGUUGUAAAUAGCUUUCAUAUUGAUUUUACUUUGUUCACUUGUUACCAUAGUAACUAAAAACUCAGGCAAAGUGUCUUUUAUUAGUGUAGCAAUAAUGUGAUAAUCCAAUGACUUCUGGUUCAGAAUUGUUCUCUGAAGAACAAUUUUAUGAUGAUUUGACAUUGAAUUUAAUUAAAUCAUUAGAUUGGAUUCCUGGUGUUCAUAACAUAAAGCUUGACAAGAGACAACCAUGCGAGAAAACUUCUAUUUUAGCCUGGGAGCAAAGGCAGUGUUGUCAACUUCCUCUUGAUUUAAAGAACUUUUAUCUGUCUGUUGAUGGUUUUGAGUUAACUUACGAUUUUAGAUAUGCAGGUGAACUUCUCACAGUAGGCAGAUUAUGUAUAAAUUCAUUGAUGGAUUUGAGACGUAUUUAUGGAUAUUCUAUUAUUGAACAGAGCGGUGAGCUAUUGCCUAGUCUUAAAGAUCUGGAUAUAGUUAAUACUGUAGAAGGAAAACCAAGUUUUGGGCCAAACAGUAAAAUUUUUGAGUUAGAUUACAAUGAAGGUGUGUCAAUGGUAUGUUUAGUCUACAAUGAUUCAAGUCAUGCCCAAGAGAUCUGGUUUUUAGAUAGAAGUCUUAAUUGGUUCAAAUUAGCCAGUAAUUUCAGCCAAUAUUUUAGGAUGAUGUUGUACCACCAUGGCUUACCUGAAUGGCAAUUUCUUCAUGUUGGAAUUGGUUUAUCACCCUGGGCAGAGCAAUUGAUGAUAGCGAUUGCUCCACACCUAGUCUCACCUGAACCAGCUAAAAAAGUAGUUUCCAGAUCUUCUGAACCACAGAUUGAUCCAAACAUAUUUAAAGUCCGACAUAAAUUAUCCAAGAAAAACAAAGAUAAAAAGAAGUACCUUAAAUAAAAAUACAAGAUAACAAAAGGGCCAAAUGAAAUUACUUUUUACAUAAGGUUGAUUUGAAAUAAUUAAUUACAAUUUUUCUAAAUUAUGAUAUUUUAGUCUAAAUGUUUUAAUGCUUUAAAAGUUAACCAAAACGUAAUGGAAACUGAGGCGGAUCCAGAAUUGUUUUUAGGAGGCACUGAAAAAAAAGCUCUGUAUAAGUCUUUGUAAUUUAAUUAUAUUAUAUUUCUUUUAAAUCUUAACAAGAAAACAUAUUAAAAAUGAUUCUUAUAAUUAGUAACUUCAUUAAACUCUUUUUCUGGGCCAUGCAGAGUUCUUUUGUGUUUCUCUUUUUCAAAGAAUGAGUUUCAAAAUAUAAAAUAAUAACUUAUAUCAUUUUGAAACAAAUCUUGUUUUGUUAAGGACAAAAAUAUGGAGGAUUAAUGUAAAAUUAAGGCCAUUCUCUUCGCUUUUCUCUGGAUCUGCUAAUGAAUGGCAAUAAAUGUUAUUUAUAUUUAAUUUACAUAUGUGAUUAUAGAUUAUUUCUAUAACUAUGUAUCGACUGCUAAAGGUUAAUUCUAAUAAAUUAAUUUUUGAUUUUA